GGCUUCAUUAUUUUAAGGUUAGCCAUUCUUCCAAUGCCCCAUCAUCAAUCCUCUCCACGAAACGCCUUCUGUAAUUGAGUAACGUUUUGGUAGCAUUAUCUGGGGGGUUUCAAUAGUGAGAGUCCACGGAGAUUAUGGCGGCGGCGGCGGCGGCCGGAAACAAUGGUGGCGCGUUGCAGAAGAGUUACUUUGAUGUGUUGGGGAUUUGCUGUUCUUCAGAAAUUCCUCUGAUUGAGAAUAUAUUGAAGGAAAUUGAAGGGAUUAAAGAGAUUAAAGUGAUUGUCGCUACAAGAACUCUCAUUGUUCUUCAUGAUAAUCUCCUCGUUUCUCAAGCACAAAUUGUUAAAGCCCUAAAUCAAGCAAGACUUGAAGCGAACGUUAGAGCAUACGGAGACCAGCAGAAAAAUCACCGGAAAAAAUGGCCCAGCCCUUAUGCGGUGGCGAGUGGGCUGUUGCUGCUGGUUUCGUUUCUCAAAUAUGUGAAUCCUGUUUUCAAAUGGGUGGCUUUGGCUGCCGUCGCCGCCGGUAUCUGGCCCAUUGCCCUCAAAAGCUUCACCGCCGUUCGCCAUCUCAGAAUCGACAUCAACAUUCUUGCUUUAAUCGCCGUGAUCGGGACAAUUGUGCUGAAUGAUUAUUUGGAAGCGGCCACCAUCGUCUUCCUCUUCACAAUCGCCGAAUGGCUCGAAUCCAGAGCCGGCCACAAGGCCAACGCCGUCAUGUCGUCCCUUCUAAGCAUCGCCCCUCAGAAAGCGGUUCUAGCCGACACCGGCGAAGUUGUCGGCGCCGACGAGGUCAAAAUGGGGACUCUGCUGGCGGUGAAGGCUGGUGAGGACAUACCCAUUGAUGGAAUCGUUGAGGAGGGAAAAUGCGAAGUGGAUGAGAAAACCCUUACAGGUGAAUCUUUCCCUGUUGCCAAACAGAAGGAUUCCACUGUUUGGGCUGGUACCAUUAAUUUAAACGGCUAUGUUACUGUAAAAACUACUGCUCUUGCUGAAGAUUGUGUGGUGGCUAAAAUGGCUAAGCUGGUUGAAGAGGCUCAGAAUAGUAAAUCUAGAACUCAAAGGUUUAUUGACAAAUGUGCUAAAUUCUAUACUCCAGCUGUUAUAAUCAUAUCAACUGGCAUAGCGGUGAUUCCAUUUGCUUUGAGACUGCACAAUCGCAGCCAUUGGUUUCACUUGGCACUGGUUGUGCUAGUGAGCGCGUGUCCCUGUGCACUCAUCCUUUCGACCCCUGUUGCGUCUUUCUGUGCACUUACCAAGGCAGCAACCUCUGGCCUGUUAAUCAAAGGAGGUGACUGCCUUGAAACUCUUGGCAAGAUUAAGAUCAUGGCUUUUGAUAAAACUGGGACAAUAACAAGAGGUGAAUUUAUGGUCACUGAAUUUCAAGCUCUUGAUAAGGAAAAUAUAAGCUUAGACACAUUGCUAUACUGGGUGUCGAGCAUUGAGAGCAAGUCCAGUCAUCCAAUGGCAGCUGCACUUGUUGACCAUGGAAGAUCACUAUCCAUUAACCCCAAACCUGAAAAUGUGGAUGACUUUCAAAAUUUCCCUGGAGAAGGUGUCCAUGGGAGAAUUGAUGGGAAAGACAUCUAUAUUGGAAAUCGAAAAAUUGCUACAAGAGCCAAUUGUGCAACAGUCCCAGAGAUCAAAGAUGAAGCAAAGGAUGGAAGGACUGUUGGAUACGUUUUCUGUGGAACUACUGCAGCUGGUAUAUUUACUCUAUCUGAUUCUUGUAGAACCGGAGCUAAGGAGGCCAUGGCUGAGAUCCGAUCUCUCGGUAUAAAAACAACCAUGCUCACCGGAGACAGUUCUGCAGCAGCCUUGCAAGCACAAAAAGAAUUGGGAAAGGCUUUAGAAACAGUUCAUGCAGAACUUCUACCUGAAGACAAGACAAGACUCAUCAACGACUUCAAAAGGGAGGGACCAACAGCCAUGAUUGGAGAUGGUUUAAACGACGCCCCUGCCUUGGCGACAGCUGAUAUUGGUAUAUCAAUGGGAAUCUCUGGUUCAGCUCUCGCAAUAGAAACUGGAGAUGUAAUUCUAAUGACUAAUGACAUCAGGAAAAUUCCAAAGGCCAUUCGACUCGCAAGAAGAGCUAAUAGGAAAGUAAUCGAAAAUGUGAUUCUUUCGGUCGCUCCUAGGACUGCUAUACUCGGCCUGGCAUUUGGUGGUCAUCCACUUGUUUGGGCAGCUGUUCUUGCUGAUGUUGGUGCCUGUGUGCUAGUUAUCCUUAACAGUAUGCUCCUGCUGCGAGGAACUGAAGGACACAAAGGGAAAAAGGCUGGCAUGUUUUCUGCUUCUCACUGUUCCUCCAAACAUAAAUGUUGCCAUGUUGGUAGCCAUUCAGAAGAACAUGGUGGUCACACCCACGAUCACGGUUGCAGCAAUGAAAGUUCCCACUCUUCUAGUCAUCAUCAACACCACCAUCACCAUCACCAUCACCAUGAGCAUGAGGACUGCGGCUCUCUCAAGAAAACUCAUAAUGGUUGCUCAACUCAGAAAUGUGCUUCUACGUGUGAUUCUGGGAUGAAAAAAUCGAGUUCAUGCAAGAAAAGUAAACUCGUGGACUCAUGUUCUAGGGCGGAUGAUCCUGCAGGCAGUGUAAAACCCUUUGAACAUGAGCAUUGCGUCCAUAACAACCAGCCCGAUGAACAUGAACAUUGCGUCCAUAACAACCAGCCCGAUGAACAUGAACACUGCGUCCAUAACAACCAGCCCGAUGAACAUGAACACUGCGUCCAUAACAACCAGCCUGAUGAACAUGAACAUCAUACCCAUUUUUCAUGUGAUGAUCAUCAUGUCGAGGACGAACAUUACUCUCUGAAGAAUACACUAGAGUUUUGCUCGUUUCCGAGAUGUGCAUCAAAUUCAUGUGAGAAAAUCCAGUGCACAAGCUCACCCGCCAGCCUUGAUGGAUCUGCAGGCAGUGAUGAGCUCCAUGAAAGUGGAUGUUGUACUCAUAAUACCCAAUCUGCUCAACAUGAUCAUGAAAUCCAAACUCUCAAAUGUGAUUUGGAUGACAGCCACUCAUCCAGUCCUGAUCAUCAUAAUGGUAAUGGCUGUUGCUCUCAAAAGAACGCUCAGAAGGUUUCUUUAUCUCAUUCAAUGUGUCAUUCUGAGACCUGCAAUUCAAGUCCUUGUGGGAAAACCAAAUGUGUGGAUUCAACUGAGAAGCAACACACGCCUGAAGGCAGUCUAGAACUCCUCCAAGACCAUAACCAUUGCCACCAAGGAAGCUGCGACACUUCCAAUUUCGUCUCGGAAUCCCAGGAAAACCACAGGAAAAAUUGCAGUGAACCUUGUAAAUCAAGACCAAUAAGCAGGUGCACAGAAGAUGAAUGCACGGAAAGGGCUGAAAUGACAGUUGAUUGUGCUGAAGCAAACGAGCACCACAAGAUGAAACAACAUCAUUGCCAUUCUCAUUCGAGUCUUGAAAAUGAAGGAGUUCAUCCUCAUUGCAAGUCAUCAAAUGGAGAUAACGACGGAGCAAUCAACAAAACCACAAAAAUCGAGCUCGAAGCAGCAGACCAUUCGAACCCGAAACACGGCAACACUUGUAAGGCUCUGGAAAACAGAGAGACAAACAACAACUGUAAAACCUGCAGAAGAGGAAGCUCACAACUCAAAAUUGGCAAAACUUGUGCAGGCUUGAAGAAGAACAGAGAAAUACGUGGGUGUUGUAAGAGCUACAUGAGGGAGUGCUGCAGGAAGCAUGGUGAUAUCAGAAUGGCAGUCCGAGGAGGCUUAAACGAAAUCAUCAUAGAAUAGAUCAUGUAAGCUAGUUCUUAUGUAACUAUGCUUUCCCAUAAUACCAUUUGAUGAAAAUGUCAUCACAGAAAGCAUCAUUACUAGUUAUUACUACUGUAUGAAUAUGAUGUAAUUGUUGAUAUCCAAGUGCAGGAAAUAGUUUGAUAUCUGUGUAUGCAUGAGAAUCUCUCUGUUUCAGUAAUGUUGAUGAACAGAGACGAUUCGGAAUGGCUUCCAAUUUGCAGUAUAGUGGGAGUGGGAAUCAUGGGCUUAGACCCAUGUUUUUGCA